AUGCAAAGACAUACCAUGCAACGUGCCAUAGUCAAUAGUGAAUUUAGCGAAACAGAAACAAUUAUUAAACGUGAAACUAAUGAUGAUUCCCUUGAUGUUAAUGAUGGCAUUGGAGGAGGUGCAACAGUUAUGGAUUUAGGUGUUAGUUCAACAAAUAAUAAUAAUAAUAAUACUUUUGGAAGUAAUAAUGAAAUCUUAGAUUGUGUUGUUUGUGGUGAUCGAGCUACAGGUAAACAUUAUGGAGCAAUAUCAUGUGAUGGUUGUAAGGGAUUUUUUCGACGAACUGUACGAAAAAACCCUGUAUACGAAUGUCGACAUCAAAAUAAUUGUACAAUCGAUAAAGAUAAACGUAAUCAAUGUCGUCAUUGUCGAUGGAAAAAAUGUAUUAGAAUGGGCAUGAGAAGAGAUGCUGUACAAAAAGAAAGAGAUCGCCUUGGACGACAACGCAGUAAUAAUUGUAAUACUCGAGUGGUAACAAUAAAAUCAAUUGGACAUUUAAGUGAUAAUCUUGAUGACGAUGAAGAUGAUCUAAGUAUAAUGGCACUUUUAAGAGCCGAACAAACAGCUAAAGAAUAUAUUGGUCGACAAAUUCAACUUGAUCGACAUCCGUCCAAUACAGAACGUGUUCAAGCUACAUUAGAAACAAUUGGUAUAUCAAUGAAUUAUCAACUUCGUAGUUUAAUUGAAUGGGCAAAAGAUUUAAAAAGUUUUAUUGAACUAUCCGAUACAGAUAAAAUUGCUCUUUUACGUGGUCAUACAGGAGAAAAUCUUGUUUUGGGUCUUGCUUGCCGUUCAUUAAAUUGUGAUGAUUAUUUACUUUUGGGUAAUCAUUAUGUUAUACCACGAAAUACAUCUGAUCCUGGUUUAACUCGUGCAGCUGGUAGAAUUCUUGAUGAAAUUGUUAAACCAUUAAAAGAAAUUCAAUUAGAUGAAAAAGAAUAUGCUUGUUUAAAAGCUAUUGUUUUUUUUGAUAAUGAUAAUAAAUCACUAUCAGAUCCAAUGCGCGUAAAAGAAUUACGUAAACGUAUACAAGUUAAUCUUGAAACUUAUAUAAAUCAACAAAAACCAUUAAUGCGUGGACGUUUUGGAGAAUUAUUAUUAUUAAUGCCUCCAUUACAAAAUAUAGCUCGUCUUAUGGUUGAUCUAGUUGCACGUUAUAAUCAAGAUACAAAACAAGUUGAUGAUCUUAUUAAUGAAAUGCUUUUAAUUUCAAAAGAAAACGAUCUAGAUUCUAAUGGAUCCUCUCUUGAUACUGACCAAGAAGAUAAUGUAUCCCAGUCUCAAGAUAGUCAUCAUUAUCCUGAUCCAUCAUUAGCUACACUUGUUCCAAAUUCUGUUUUGGUUACAUCACAAACAAUAAAUAAUGAUAUUCAUAAUGUUUCAUUUAGUGGACAUGAUGAUUAUCUAUCAAGUGAUCUAUCCCAUAUUCAUUUACUUCAUACAAAUUCUAUAACUGAUCCAAAUUUAAAUCAUCAUAAUGCAACAUUAUUUAAUAAUACUGUUAAUAAUGAUCUUCAUGAUCAACAUCAUGGACAAGUUUUACAAUAUUUUACUGAUACAUCAAAUGAUCGAUUACUAUUUUUAAGACGUUCAAAAGCAAUAAAAACACCAUCAACAUCAUCAUCAUUAUCAUCAUCAUCAAAUAUUCCUACUAAUGAUCCGAAUGGUGAUAUUAAUUUUUUAUAUGAUCUCAUCACACCACCAGCAGUAAAUCGACAAACAAUAUCAUCACAAUUAAAUUAUACGAAUAAUUAUUUUGAAACCGAUUGGAAUGGACGAAUAUUAUUACCGACUACAACAACAACAUCGAAUAUAAUUGAUCAUGUUAAACAAGAUCACGGACAACAGAAAAUAAUACGAUGA